GAUAGUGAAACUACGUUUAUUAGGAGCCAUUUUUUUUGUUUAUCCAAAAGUACUGUCUCGAAUUGUCAAUAUACAAUAAAGAGCGUUUUUCAAAGCUCAUCCUUAGGCACAGCAGUAUUCUAUAUUUUAGUGCAUAUAUUGGUAAACUGCGGUGGGCCUCCAUCAUACAAAAUCCAGCACGGUAGCAGCUCUUUAGUCGAAAGUUGUUUGCCAGUAAGGCCAGUCACACAAGUACGGAAGCAUAGACGGUAAAAACUAAUCUUUGUUCAUUUUAGCUUUGGUUGGUUUAGUUUUGGGAGUCAGUGUUUUGGUGAAGGCGGAAUAGCCUGUGCAGCUCCACUAUGGAUGACACGCAGACAUCCAGCGAUGAAGAUAUUCAAACAGAAAUCAGUUCAUCAGAUUCAGACAUAUCUGAGGUCUUCUCUAUGAUGAGUUAUUGGUCUCUGCCACGGUCUUUCCAUCUUAGAACUAUUUGCCACAGUUCAGAGCAUCAGAAAAAAUUUGAGCCCAGCUGUGCCUCUUUAAAAAGUGACUGGUCUAUAGAUCCGCCACCACUUUUCAGUGAUGGAAACAAAUCAGAUUCACCAGAGCCCAGCACUGUGUCUAUGAAGAGUGACUGGUCUAUAGAUCCACCACCACUUUUCAGUGAUAAAAAUAGAUCUUUACUCAGAAGUAGAAGAUUUAAUGAAGGGAAGAUCUUACAAAAUCCAGUACCCAGACAUUUGUCUGAGAAGAGUGUCUGUUCAUUGGAACGGUUAAAACGCUGGAGUCAAUUUCAGCUCAAUACAUUUAGAUUAAAUCUGAAGAAGAAGUUUGAGUGUCUGUAUGAGGGAACAGCAAUGCAGAGAAACCCAACACUCCUGAAUGAGAUCUACACAGAGCUCUACAUCACAGAGAGUGAGAGUGGAGAGAUCAGUAAUGAGCACGAGGUUAGACAGAUUGAGACACAAUCCAGGAGAGCAGCAACAGAGGACACAUCGAUCAAAUGUAGUGACAUCUUUAGACCUUUACCUGGACAAGACAAACCCAUCAGAACUGUGCUGACAAAGGGAGUCGCUGGCAUUGGAAAAACUGUCUCUGUGCAGAAGUUCAUCCUGGACUGGGCUGAUGGGAAAGAGAAUCAGGACGUCCAGCUCAUAUUUCCUCUUCCUUUCAGAGAGAUCAAUCUGAUGAAAGACAAAACACUCAGUCUUUCAGAUCUUCUUCAGGUCUUUUUCCCUAAAACAAAAGAAAUGGAAAUAUCCAGUGACAAAUAUAAAGUGUUGUUUAUCUUUGAUGGUCUGGACGAGUGUCGUCUGUCUCUGGAUUUUCAGAGUAAUGUCAGGUUGUGUGAUGUAAGUGAAUCAGUUUCAGCUGACAUGCUGUUGACGAACCUCAUCAUGGGGAAUCUACUUCCCUCUGCUCUCAUCUGGAUCACCUCCAGACCAGCAGCAGCUGAUCUCGUCCCCUCUGAGUGCAUCCAUCGAGUGACAGAGGUACGAGGCUUCAAUGAGCCACAGAAGGAGGAAUACUUCAGGAAGAGGAUCAGUGAUCAGAGUCUGGCCGAUAGGAUCAUCUCACACCUGAAGUCAUCAAGGAGCCUCUUCAUCAUGUGCCACAUCCCAGUGUUCUGCUGGAUCUCAGCCGCUGUUCUGGAGAAGAUGUUGAGUCAAGAAGGGAGUGGAGAGAUUCCCAAGACUCUCACUCAAAUGUACACACACUUCCUGAUCCUUCAGACCAACAUCAAACAUGAAAAGGACUAUGAGAAGAAUGUGACAGAUGAAGACAUGAUCCUCAAACUGGGGAAACUGGCAUACAAACAACUGGAAAAGGGCAACCUGAUCUUCUAUGAGGAAGACCUGAGAGAGUGUGGCAUUGAUGUGACAGAAGCAUCAGUGUACUCAGGAUUGUGCACUCAGAUCUUCAGAGAGGAGUUUGGCUUGUAUCAGGGGAAAGUCUUCUGCUUUGUUCAUCUGAGCAUUCAGGAACAUCUAGCAGCUCUAUAUGUGCACCUCUCAUGUACAAACCACAAUAUAAGUGUGUUUGACCAAAUCACCAAACAAAUUUAUGAAGACAUCAUCAUGAAAUUUCAUCUGGAACGUGAUCUGGGAAAACAAGAUACCUUGCUUAUCAAACCUUUUCAUCAACUUCAUUUAGGCCUUUCCAUGGAUAUAUUUGAGCUGCAUCAGAGUGCUGUGGAUGAGGCUCUACAGAGUAAAAAUGGACAUCUGGAUCUUUUCCUGCGGUUUCUUCUGGGUCUGUCAUUGGAGUCUAAUCAGAUUCUCCUACAAGUACUAAUGAAUCAGACAAUAAGCAGCUCUGACAGCAAUGAGAGAACAAUUGAGUACAUCAAGAUGAAGUUUAGGACCAUUAACUCUCCAGAGAGAUCAAUCAAUCUGUUCCACUGUCUUAAUGAACUGGGUGAUCAUUCACUAGUGGAGGAAAUACAACAGUAUCUGAAAUCUGGAACAAUAAAGGGAGCCAAACUCUCUUCAUCUCAGUGGUCAGCUUUAGUUUUUGUGUUGUUGACAUCAGAGAAAAAUCUGGAUGAAUUUAGGCUGAAUGAAUUUGUUGGAGCAGAAAAUAAAGCUGAUCAUGUUCUUCAGAAGUUGUUGCCUGUGAUUAAAGAAUCCAGAAGAGCUGAGUUGAGUAAGUGUGGUGUCACAGAUGAAGGUUGUGCUGCUCUGACUUCAGUUCUGAGAUCAAACUCCUCACACCUGAAAGAACUGAAUCUGUCUGGGAAUAAACUAGGAGACUCUGGUGUGAUGCGUCUCUCUUCUGGACUCGAGAAACCUCUCUGUAAACUGGAGAUACUCAGGUUGUGUAACUGUGGUAUCACAGAUGAAGGUUGUGCUGCCCUGACUUCAGCUCUGAGAUCAAACCCCUCACACCUGAGACAAAUGGAUCUUUCCAGGAAUAAUUUAAAAGAUUUUGGAGUUAAGCUUAUCUGUUCUGAACUCAAGAAUCCUGACUGUAAAUUGGAGAUACUGGGGUUGAGCUGGUGUGGAAUCACACUUGAAGGUUGUGCUGCUCUGGCUUCAGCUCUGAUAUCAAACCCCUUACAUCUGAGAGAACUGAAUCUGACUCGGAAUAGACUAGGAGAUUCAGGAUGUGAACUGCUCACUGCUCUAUUGAAUUCUCCACAUUAUAAACUGGAGACACUGCAUAUUUACAGGUAUCCAAUGAUAUUCUCAUCUUUCCCUGGCCCCAAAUUUCCACACCGAUAUCUACACCGAUUCCGUCGCCACACACUUACAGAAUAAUAUGCCACUUGGACAGAUCUCUCUUCACCUUAAUGUAAGGAAUUUGCCCAAUUGUUUAGAAACUGCCCUGAGCGGGGUUAGGUGACGGUGAACAUUAUUGUUUUGUGUUUUUGUAUUUUGGCAUACAUACUGAAUACAAAUUAAUAUAUUAAUAAUUAUGAUUACAUAGAUGUUGAUUACUUUAUUGACUAUACAGCAGGGGUACAGAACUCUGAGCUCUGCAGAGUUUAGCUUCAACCCUAAUAAAACACACCUGAUCCAACUAAUGAAGUCCUUCAGGCUUAUUUGAAAACUACAUGGUUGGAGCAGGGUUGGAACUCAACUUUGCAGGGCUCCAGUCCUCCAUGAAUUGGGUUCUGCACCCCUGCUAUACAGUGUGUGAAAAAUAAGUAACUAUAUGUGUGUAUAAAAUACUGUAUAUAUGAUGUGUUCUCAGUCCAGUGCAGCCCAUCACAGCUGACAAAGAUGCUGAAGAGGUGAGGAGAAUGAAGCUUGGUGAAGCAGCUGGACCAGACGAUUGGCCAGCAGAGGUGUGUCACAGUGCUGGAAUUCGAUUUAAUGGCUAGCACAUUUCUUAAGCCAGGCUCUCUAGAAGAUGCCGCCUGUCGAAGGGCGGGUCAGCACGACCAUUCCAAUCUGAAAGAGGAAUGGCAACCCAGCUACAUGUGCCAAAUACGGUACAAUUCGAUUGUUCUGUUAGAUAUUCGAACGAGUCCUGGAUAAGCCAAUAGGCCAGCGCCAUGGACACUUCUUUAUGUGGACAAAGUUUAAGCUGGCCGCCAAAGAGAAAGCCAACUUCAAGCAGACUGUCCAGACAUGGAGCAACCAGCUGCGGUGGAUCUCCAACAUCACAUGGUUUCGACUAUGCCUAUAAUGAUGACAUUUCAGCAGUGGUUGGUGAUGCUUUAAUUAAGUAAGC